AUGCUAACGACAAAUCUUCAGAGCCAGGUGACACUCGUGGAAAGAUCCCUUGCAUAUCUCUCUGGAGCAUUACAAAUCAACAGGGCACAGUUAGCGAAAAUUCAAGAAAAUCAAAUCGAACUCGGAGAAGAGUUGCAGUUAACACAACAAGCUCUUAAUGCUACGAUUCCAAUCUUAAAUGCGCAUUCUAAUACUAUUAAUACUCUUAAAAGUGGUACUGAACGCUUAUAUACUCAUUUUCAACACUCAUUUCUCUACUCAGCAAUUACACGAAUUUUUCGUAACGAACUCACGCUUGAGUUUCUCUCACCGGAAGAUUUAAACAUCAUAGGAGCGCUGCCAAUGGUGCAAAUUGUUACAAACCUACUUGUCCGUCAACAGUUGGACUUCGUCUCGAACUCGCAAUACACACCCACAAAUACACAUGAAAUUGGCCGUCUUAUCAUUACAAGCUAUUUUGCCGUGCCACAACAAAAACAUUCAUUUUUC